ACUGUGGAAGAAUUUGGAAGGAGUAACUUGAUCUUCUGAAUGUGCUGACACACUAAAUCAGCUACACGUGACAGAGGAGGAGUGUUAACCUGCGGCCCUUCUCGUCCGCUCUCGAUUUACCCGCCUCAGGAGAGCCGACACUAUAUAGAGGAACAGCCGGGCGUUCUACAGAGAGGUCUUGGGAGAUUCCGGGAGACUCUGCAGUCCUACGUACAAAACAUCAGAACCCAAAUUCAUUGUUGCACACUGAGAUAAGACCAAGCUGUAAGUCGUAUGGACAUGGGACUUGGUCAACAUGUAGUAGUCCCUCCCACUAAUCAGAUGCUCAAGCUUGGCCCACUUGACCUGAUGGUGGCGCUAUAGCGUACUGUUAAACAUCAAGGUCCAAUUUUCCUAUCCUGUAUGCCAUAGAGACAAAACUUUACACUGUUUGUUUGUAAUGUUUGUUAAAGUUAAUGUUAAUAAACAAGGAUUGUCUAUCUGGAAUUAAAUUUGUCAUAGUACUUUUGUACCUUCAGAAAUGGUCCCACAUUGGGCUAACUCGUGCUCGGACCUUGAAAAUCACCACUUGCAAAAAUGCUUUUCUGUUUGUGAAUGAGCAUUAUAUUACAGAUUAUUGGUAAGGAAUGUGACUUUACAACAUUUGGACGUUACAUGAGGUCAAAGGAAAAUGGAGCUUUGUCGGUUAAACAAACGGGAGUGAAUUUGUACCAUGGUGCUGAAGACGUCUAUCACUUCCUUAAAGAUCCUCCACCUGGGUUUGUACCAAAAGUGACUCUGAUCACCGUGUCCGGUCUGGCUGGUGUCAUUCUUGCAAGAAAAGGAUCCCGUCUGAAGAGAGUGAUGCUUCCUGUGGGUUUGACGAGUGCAGGAUUAGGGGUUUGUUACCCUGUACAGACUAUCACUGUGCUGAAGGUGAGUGGAAGGAAGGUGUACACGGCCUCACAGUGGACCAGCUCAACUGUAGCAUCACUGUGGAAAUCAAUCACAGCAGUGCCAGUACCAGCCAGUCCAGAGCCACAGUCAGAACCAUCAGCUGAACCGGUGAUCGAAACAUCUCCUGCUCAAGCUGAUGAUCCAGAAAUAGAGCAGGUUCCUCCUCCACCUGAAACCAGUCCCAUCUCCACACCUGAGGAUCAGGACUCUGUUCCAGUUUCACUUUCUGCUCCAGAUAACACCAGUUCAUCUACAGUGGAGGAAUUCCUGGUAGUGAAUACAGAGGGAAAACCUUCAUCAUUAUCUCAAACAACUCAAAGAGAAUCAGAAAGAGCGUCGUUACCGUCCUCAGAGGAGCUCCAGACUCUUACAGAGGAGCGAGAACACCGAGCAAACCCUCAGCUGAAGGAUUUCGGACAGUCAAACCCGGAGGACGCAGAUCUGUACACCACACGCAGCUAAACCGGAUAUGAGAGAAGAUCUUACCUAUUAUGAAUGAGUGUAUGAUUAUUGAUCCCACUUAUUGAGAAUGAGUGUAUGAUUAUUGAUCCCACUUAUUGAGAAUGAGUGUAUGAUUAUUGAUCCCACUUAUUGAGAAUGAGUGUAUGAUUAUUGAUCCCACUUAUUCAGAAUUAGUGUAUGAUUAUUGAUCCCACUUAUUCAGAAUGAGUGUAUGAUUAUUUGGUUUAAUUAGAGCUUUAUUAAUUUUUUUCAGUGUUCCUAAAUCAGAAUGCACUGUGUUCUACUGUAUGUAGACAGUGUGUUUGUGGAUCAGCAGUCCCAAAGUAAAUGCACAAGAAUGUUUUAUUCUUUGUAAAGGCAACCCUAUAAUCCUGUUUACCAGAUUGGACCUGUAUGAACCUGAUGAUGUCUGAUCCUCUCAGAUUAUCCACACAAACCCUGGACAUCACCUGUAUUAAAAUAUGAGACCAUCACAUAUUUGGUGUUUUAUACAUAUUACAGCUUGAGUAGGUUGGGUCAGUUAUUGUGAAGGUCCUGGGUUGCUAUUCAAAUGAAAUGUGUGUUAAAAUGAACCAAUAAUUGAUGAUUUAUUACCAUCAAUGAAAUUCACAGUUAUGUUGCAGAGGAACAUAAAUAUAUAGGUAUGUACCAUGGUCACCAAUGGAAAAUUCUGGUUUCUGAUUGGCUAGCAGGUGUGUAAUGUUUUAUGAUCUGACAAAACUUGUUUACAUUUGAUCAUACUGCAUUUUUAAAUUAGAAUUUCUACACUUCUAAAAAAUGCAGAAGGUGCAAAAUCUGUUACCAAUAUUCUUACGAUUAAAUUAAUUAUAUGAA